UUAAGCUGGUUCGCUGGCACGGGCUGGUUGGCUGGUCGGUUGAGGGUAGCCAUGGCUCGACUCGCUGUGCUAGUGCUGUUACCGGUCCUUAUUGAAUCGGUUUUUUCCAUAUCUUUCUUUUUACCGGUCAACUCAAGAAAGUGUUUACGGGAGGAGAUCCAUAAAGACGUUCUCGUCACGGGAGAAUAUGAAAUAAGCGAACAGGCGAACACCAAAACUAACCUGAAGAUCACAGACUCCUCCAGUCACACUCUUUACUCCAAGGAAGAUGCAACAAAAGGAAAGUUUGCAUUCACCACAGAAGACUAUGAUAUGUUUGAGGUGUGCUUUGAGAGCAAAUCCCCCAUGGGAACUGGAAGAGUGCCUGACCAGCUGGUCAAUCUGGACAUGAAGCAUGGUGUGGAGGCUAAAAACUAUGAAGAGAUUGCUAAAGUGGAGAAGCUGAAGCCUCUGGAGGUCGAACUGAGACGACUGGAGGACCUGUCCGAGUCCAUCGUCAAUGACUUUGCUUACAUGAAAAAGAGAGAGGAGGAGAUGCGGGACACCAAUGAGUCCACCAACACACGUGUGCUGUACUUCAGCAUAUUUUCCAUGUGCUGUCUCAUUGGGCUGGCCACAUGGCAGGUCUUCUACUUGCGGCGCUUCUUCAAGGCAAAGAAGCUGAUCGAGUAGAGCAGCCCCUGGCUCCGUACCUCAGGGGGACGCUGUCAGUCAGCCAACACAUCCCAACAUCCACCCUCCUUGGACUAGCUUCAGCAAACAACAGCAAGUGGGGUUGAGGGGCUCAAAUUCUAAUUUCUUCAUGGCUGUGAGCGAGAGAGAGUACCAAGGUUGUCCUCUGAGAAAAAAAAAAAAAAAAGAUUCACCUGCUUAUUUAGUGGUUUGAAACAUGAAAAGCGCUGUAGGGAGAAAUGCACUGUGAGACAUGGGGAGACGUGUGUCACCGCAUAGGUGAGAUAUGUCCAUCUCAUAGUAGUUCACGUUUCUGUCUGCACUGUUUUUUGAAUGUUGCAGCUUGCUGAAUAAGAACUUGUUCCUUCAAAUCUGUUGAACAGUAACGUUUGAUUUUGAGCUCAGUUUGAAUGGAUGUGCCAUGAGAGAAUGUCUUUUGCCCUUCUGUUGAUGUACACAUUCUUUGCCAUGCCAAGCAAACUAGAUCCUUGGUGCCCUUUUUAUCAAGUGAAGGCUAUUUGAAAUGGUGGCUUGUUGAUACUUUGAUGAAAAAAUUGGCAACCACUGAACUUCUGUGUUAAGUCACUUAAUUUGCAUUCAUGUUUGGUAGCUAAAUUUAACCGUGUCUUUAGUUUGUUUUCAUAUUGUAAAUGCUACUUAGUUGCUUCUACAGGUUUUUUUUUUUUUGAUGCGGGGGGUUGUGAGUUGUCAGAGUGAUUUUCUCUGGUUUAUAAAUUAGGUCACGUCUAUGAGCUCUUGCACAUUCUAGUCUUGUUUUUGAAACACCUGAACAGUCACCAAUCAAAACAGGCAGCGUCAUAUGUAUGUGUGGCUCCAGCCCCGAAUAACUUAACCACCUGACUUCUGUGAGAUCACAGUUCAUGUGCAGCAGAUGGAGGUAUUGAAGGGAAAUGUACAGUAGGUUGUCUAAACAUGUUCUGGUAUUCCCUUUCAGUCAUUCGCCCCUUUUCUUCACACACACUGGUAAAUUAUAUAUUCUUUUGAAUUUAUCAAAAUAUCACUUCCCAAUUACAGUACUUGCAGAUCCAUCCAGCGUGCUUGUUUUCUUUAGAAAUGCUUAUGAGGUUUGGGUUACAGGAGAAUGUGGGUGGUUGCAAAUAUUCAGAUUGUUUCUGAUGGGGAUUAAUUAAGGCAUCUGUCAUGGGUACAUUUUUAACAAUGAACAUGCGCUUUGUGCGCAAUCAAUGAUUUUUAUGUUGACUGAUAAAUUUUGUAAAUUUGUGUUGGGCUUUUAUUCAAUAAAAUAUUGGAUGGAUUUACAUUAA